GGGAUCGCACAGGGACUACAUUACCUACACAACUAUAUGCCGAGUUCCAUAUUCCAUGGAGAUCUGAAGGGUGACAAUGUGCUGAUAUCUGAUGAUUGUGGACCACUCCUGGCUGACCCUAUGUCAGAAAACUUUCAACAAGGAUUCAUGACAAGUUCCAUUCCACAGGAUUUCUUCCCAUAUGAGAAUCAUGAAUAGCAUUUGUAUGGGUCAGACACCAGAUCGCCCCACUGAUGAAGACACAUUGUCACGUCUAACUGAUGAGUGGUGGAAUUUAUGUUUGUCAUGCUGGAGAUUUGAACCCUUGUCAUGGCCUACCAUAUCUCACAUUGUCAAAACAAUUGCCAAGAUCAUGCAGCAAUCCUCUUAAGUCAAUGCAGAGGUCUGUGGUACUCCAUGACUUUGGUCCAAGUUCUGCCAGUCAGAUAGCAUGUGAUGUAAAUGAACUGAAAGUAUUGACUGAUCAGGAGUCUUUGCUUUGUGCAGGCAAGAUACAGUUGAUCAAUGUAGAUGUCUUCCUUGGUCUCCAAGUUGGCCAUCAUGGGGAAAAAGCUGUCACUGAGGUCUUUGGAGAAUUUUAUGACAUGGAGAUCUGUCAUGUCCAAUAUGCCAUGCUGUCACAUUGUUGGUGUGUGGCAGAGGCAGAAGUCCAGUUCGGAGAUUCAAGAGAUCUCACACUGGGGAUAUUUGAUAUCCAUCAUAGGGGCUAUCAGAAAAUUGUCAAGGCCUGUGAAAAAGCUUGUGCUGAUGGGCUGGAAUGGCUAUGGACUGACUCUACCUGCAUUAAUGAGGAUGACAUCUCAGAGUUCUCUGAGUCUGUGAACUCAAGGUACCAUUGGCAGGCAAACUCAGAGCAAUGUUAUGUAUACCUGGAUGAUAAGUUCUCUGCAUCUGGUGGCUGGCCACAGUGGUUCUCCUGUAGCUGGACACUGUCAGAUUUGCUGGCCCCCAACAAAGUCUCAUUCUUCAAUCAGCAUUGGCAGCUCAUUGGUGACAAGAGAAACCUUUUGACUGUGUUGACUACAAUCACAUGGGUUCCAGAGGACAUACUUUAUCAUCCAAGUGUUGCCCAAAUUUUGUCAUGGGCAGCUGAUCAGAAUGGGAGGAAGGAAGAAGACAGGGCAUAUGCACUUCUGGGCUUGUUUAGAGUGCAUAUGCAAACUCAGUAUGGGGAAGGGGGACAUGCAUUCCACUGCUUGCAGGAGGCCAUCAUUGGGGAUUACAAUGAUCACUCUAUCUUUGUAUGGUCUGGGGAAGGAAGACAUGGGAGUAUCCUGGCAGAAAGCCCAGAUGAUUUUCGGGACAGUGCAGAUGUAAUCAGGCUAAGCCCUCCCCAUGCAUUCACCAAGGAGUGUCCAGAAGCAGAAGCUCGAAUCAAAAGUCACAGAUG